AUGGCAACCACUACGGCUGACGACACGGCCUACGUGACAACAACUGAGGCCAUACACCUCGCUCCCGAACUCAACUCCUCCAUCACCCAUAUCCUCCGCUCAAAGGACCCUCUCGACGCACAAGAGUUCAGCUCCGUCGAAUACAUCAACAAAAUCUUCCCCAAUGAAUACUCGUUGUCGACAGUAGAUCAGGUGUUGGCCAGGCUGCAGGCAAAAGCAAAGCAGGUCCAGGAGGAACUUCGGGAACUGACACGAGCCCAAACCGAUGGUGGUCAAAAGGGACAAGAGGAAGUCGAAGCAGCAAAGAAAGGCAUCGAGAUGCUGUUCUUCAAGAUCAAGGAGAUCAAGGAAAAGGCGACACAGUCGGAGCAGAUGGUCCAGGAGAUUACUCAGGACAUCAAGAGUCUCGACUAUGCCAAGCGACACCUCACUACAUCCAUCACAACUUUGAAGCGUCUUCAAAUGCUGGUCACGGCGGUAGAUCAAUUGAAGGCGAUGGCUCAGAGGAAACAGUACAGGGAAACCGCCCAACUUUUGGAGGCCGUCUUGCAAUUGAUCCAGUACUUCCGGACGUUCCAAAACGUCAGGCAGAUCGCAGAGUUGACAGAGUCGGUUGCAAGGUUGCAGUCUGAGCUGGAGCGGGAUAUUGUCAAGGACUUUGAGCAUGGAUUUACACAGGAAGGCAUUCUGGUCGGGAACAUUGGACAACUGGCCAGCGCGUGUCUUGUUAUAGAUAUUCUCGGCGAUGAUGUCAGGCAGAACCUGAUAGAAUGGUACUGCAAGUUACAACUUCGAGCAUACCGCUCAGUGUUCAAGCCAAAUGAGGAAGUUUCAGCGCUGGACAACACAUCUCGACGCUACGCCUGGCUGAAACGUCUCCUGAAGAUCCAUGACGAAGAGCACGCCCAUAUCUUUCCUGCCAGCUGGGACGUUUCUCGCAUUCUCUGCAUGCAGUUCUGUCAAAUCACAAGGGUGGAUCUGACAGAUAUUCUUGCAAGGAGUACGUCAACAGCGGAUGUGCCACUUUUGCUUCAGGUCUUACAGCUUACCCUAGAGUUUGAAAGUCAGCUGGAGACUCGCUUCAUGAGCAGGGAUGUCGAUUAUGCACUGAACGAGGAUGCAGAAUCGGCAGGAUUCUCAGAGAGUAUAUCGCCCUGCUUUGAACCAUACCUCAGCCUUUACAUCGAAGCCGAAGACAAGACGUUGGAGGAAAAGAUUAAUGGAUUCAAGUUACAGGAACCAGUGCCAGAGGACGACCUUUCAGUAACGGUGCUCGCAUCAAGUACCGACAUCUUUUUGUUCUACAAAUCAGCUAUGACAAAUUGUGCAAAGUUGUCACGAAAGAAGCCCUUCUUGGACCUAUGCACCGUCUUUGGGAAGUGGCUUCGUGUCUACGCCAAUGACGUCCUCCUGGCCAAACUUCCCAAACAGGGAGACAAGCGCCCUAUCAACAGAGAGUUCCUCCGGUCGAUUUGCAUCGUCUUGAACACUGCCGAUUACUCUCUCACCACUACCAGCCAGCUCGAGGAGAGGCUAUGGGCUAACAUCGACCCAGAAUUCGUCGAUCAAGUCACUAUGGAGCCCGAGAGACAGGCAUUCUUGCAGUACGUUACAUCUGCUCCCGAAGCCAAGGAUAUGAUUAUCUCGGCGUGUACGCGAGCACUUGUGAGGGCGGUGGAGACUCACUAUGAACCUGGAAUGGUCUCAAUGUCCAAGUUACCCUGGGGCACCGUAGAAUAUGUGGGCGACCAAUCCGAAUAUGUGUCAAUGAUCCAUGCUACCCUCAAGACCUGUGUCGGCGCGAUCCAGGAACUGGUCACCAAUAAGCGGUACUUCAGAACGUUCUGUGACAAGUUGAUCGAGUCGUUUGUGUCGCGUUUCGCAGCCAAUUUGACGCGGUGUAAACCCAUCUCGGAGAUUGGGGCCGAGCAGAUGCUGCUGGAUACGCAGGCUGUCAAGUCGUUCUUGGUCGAGAUUCCAAACCUUGGUUUGGAAACUACCGUUACCGUCCCCACCUCGUUUGUGAAGUUUGUGAAUAGGGGGUUAGGCAAGGUGGAGACGAUCCUCAAGACAGCCAUGAGCCCACACGAACCCUAUGACAUGUUCAUCGACCACUACUUCCUCCUUAUCUCCGACCGGAAUCUCGGCAACUUUCAACGCAUCCUGGAACUCAAGGGACUCAAGCGGACCGAACAACAACAGAUGGUUGAUGCCUUUCAGAAGAAACAGACGGGAAUGGAUAACUUGCAGGAGAACUCGAAUGUCAUGUCCCUCCUCCAGGUCAUGCCUGCUCAGAUCUCGGCGCAGGGUGUUGUCGGACCUUCGGCUGGCUUGGCCGGUAAUAUGGCGGGUCUUGGAAGUGGUACUGUGGCUGGGUUGAUGACCCCUGGGGGACCUGGUACUGAUGGUGGUAGUGGUGGAGGUAGCGGAAACCCGUAUCAGUUGGGGAAUAUUGUCACGUCGAGUAUUUUGAGUCAUAGUCCGUUUGCGGCGUUGGCGGCUCAGCAUCUGAACUCGAAUUCUCCGGGUGGUGGGGCGCAUUCCCUUGGAGGGGAAUUGGAUACUGGGAGCGGGUCGGGCGUCGGUCAGAGUGGUGGGUUGGGUGUUGGUCAGGCAAGUGGAGGUGGAGGGGGAGGGGGAGGAUCGUUUGCGGCUGGUGCCAAGAUUAAUGUCAACAUUCGCAAGUUUGUUGCGGGGAUUCGGGCCAAGAAGGAUCAGGACCCUGGUGCUGCUGCGGGUGGUGGUGGUGGACCUGCUGGACCUGCUGGUAAUUAA